AUGGCGAUGAUACUCUCUGCACCAUGCCAUCCUUCAACCAAAUUCAGGCAGAUCACAGGCCGCACCACCUUGGCCCAGCCCGAGCCGGAAGAUAUGGAGCAAAUUGAGAUAUACGACAUCCUCAUCAUCGGCGCACGACCAUGCGGACUCGCCACCGCAGCGCGGCUGAAGGAGAAACAUCCAUCCGCCCUCUUCACGGACGAGGAGCAACGGCGAUACUCGUGGAUCCAGCGACAUGCCCAACGAGCGUCGGCCAGUUACAAGUGGACCGGUAAGAUCAGAUCUGGAAGUGGCGGACUUGCGCACGAACCGCCUUCUGUUCUCGUUUUCGACUCCAGCGCAGAUCAGUGGAUAGUGAAGUGGAAGACGCCGUUUGCCGCGCUUGAGGUUGAGCAUUUACGGAACAGAGACGCUCUUCUCGCAUUUGUACACAGACAUGGAAGAGCCGAAGAGCUACAAGAAAUUGUCGGGCGUGUCGGCAAGGAGAACAGCAAACACCAGCGCAAAAGCCGGCGCCGUGCAAGAAAUGCUGGCACGAGUGCCAUUGUCGAGAUCAACGAGCGAGACAGGGAGGACUACUUCGCACCAUCCGCUCGAUGUUUUCACGACUUCUGCGAAGCUUCCAAGGAGCGCUACCAUCUCAACAGGCAGCCCAUUUCCCAAGAGACUGUCCAAACCAUUGACUACCUUAGCAUCGACAGCCAGCAGAAGCUGUUCGAGUGCAAACAUCUUCUCGGAGAUAUCAUGCCCGCUUUGUGA